AUGAGGGAUUUCCAAACGCACGGUUCUUCCCUCUUUCUAACGGGCGAUCUUCAUAGCCAGAGCUCUUCCCUCUUCCGAACGGCGCAAUCUUCCUCACCAGAGCUUUGAAUCCUUGAAGAAUUUCCUCGUGCCAUGCAGAUUCAUCUCAAAUAGCUGGAUUGAGGAAAUCAAUCAACGGCAAGCAGAAGUACUAGAUGCCCAACUGACGGUUGAGCAGCUUCAACAACGAUAUCAGUUGCUCAUGGCCCAAAAUGAGAUGUUGAAGUAUGCUAAGCGGAUUCCUAUUGGGUUGGAAAAGGUGAUUCGAACAGUUUCUUCUAAAACGGUCAAGCAAUUUUAUAAUAGAUGGUACCAUUUACACAAUAUGGCUGUGGUCGCUGUUGGAGAUUUUACUGAUACACAGAGUGUAGUUGAAUUGAUAAGGACUCACUUUGGGGGAAAAGUUUCAAUCUCCACCCCGCCACUUAUACCAGAAUUUCCUGUUCCAUCUCAUGGUGAACCACGCUUUUCAUCUUUUGUUGAAUCUGAAGCUGCUGGGGUCAGUACUCUGAAGAUCUCUGUGUAUUUAUUUACUGAUAGAAUGCUGUGUGUUUUCCAGCCAUUCUUGAAUGGUGGAUACAUGUGCAUCAAUUAA